CAUUCGAUGAAAUAUUGACAACUGUCACUGUCACAGGAGGAUUUAAUUUAUUUUAUGGCAAUACAGUCUUUUCUUGUCGACGAGUUAUAGGAAUAUCCAUCCAAGAUGGGUAAGAUCAUGAAACCCGGGAAGGUGGUGCUGGUCCUCAGCGGCCGGUACGCGGGCCGCAAGGCCAUCGUCGUCAAAAACUACGACGAGGGAACAUCGGACAAACCCUACGGCCACGCUUUUGUCGCCGGCAUCGACAGGUAUCCGAGGAAAGUGCAGAAGAGGAUGGGCAAAAACAAAAUCCACAAGCGCUCUAAAGUCAAGCCUUUUGUUAAGGUAGUAAACUACAACCACCUUAUGCCCACUCGUUACACAGUAGACUUCAGUUUCGAGAAGUUCUCCGCCAAGGACCUGAAGGACCCGGCCAAGCGCAAGAAGCUGCGUUUCAACACCAGGGUGCGCUUUGAGGAGAGAUACAAGAGCGGGAAGAACAAGUGGUUCUUCCAGAAGCUUAGGUUUUAAGUACAAAAUAAACAUUGCGCGAGUAAUGUAA